UUCAAAUAUUUCAAAGUUACAACGUUCAAAAAAAAUGUAUUGUUCAUCAUCAACAUUAUUAUUGACCAUAUUCAUGGCUACAAAUAUCAUUUUGGUAACAGGUAUACCAUGGAAAUCUGAACAACAUAAAGGAACCGAAUCAAAACAUCAACAUUUAUUAAAUCAAACCCGNGAAUAUGGUCAACAAAUUCAUGCUAUUUUUCUUGGUGCUUCUAUUGUUGAACGUUGGUUAACGGAUGGUAAAAAUAUUUGGAAACAAUAUUAUUCCGAUCGUCAUGUAUUUAAUUAUGGUAUUAGUGGUGAUCGUACUGAACAUGUUUUAUGGCGUAUUGAAAAUGGUGAAUUUGAUGGUUUACAACCAAAAGUUAUUGUUUUAAUGAUUGGUACGAAUAAUGUUCCGAUUGGUGAUAAACCAUCGGAUAUUUCGAAAGGUAUUCAAAUGAUUUUGGAAAAAUUAUUGGCCAAAAUGAACAAAUCAAAAAUAUUAUUGUUAAGUGUAUUUCCACGUGGUGGUGAAUCAAUCGAUAGAAAAGUUGCCGAAGUUAACAAUAUUAUCCACGAUUAUCAGGAUAAUUCAAGAAUUUUUUAUCUUGAUGUAACUAAACAUUUUGAAACAAAUCCAGGUAAAAUUAUUGAAAAAUAUUAUGUCCAUGAUCAUCUUCAUCUAACCGAACAAGGUUAUCAAUUGUGGCAUAAAGUUAUGGAACCAUUGUUUUCAAAAUUAUUAAAUUAAUUUACCAAAAUUACAAAUUACAAAUCGAAUUUUUACAAGAUUAAAUUUACAAAAUUUCGACAACAAUUUUGUAAAUUUUCAUAUAAAAUUA